CGCAGCACUCCAGGAAACGUAGGGACGAAAGAGAAAGUGUUUCUGGGGUUUAACUUUGACAGGAGAUAGAAAUCCUCCUCGUAUGAGUCGAUAGUAAAAAGAGAAGUUAUUUUCCAACAGUCUGCAGGAAUGUCUGGAAAGUGUGACUCUAUCAGCUGAAGUGCAGCUGGUAACAGUGUGGAGGUGGACUGAUCGAGUCUCCAAAAAGAGAAGAAAAAUGAAUUACUAUGACAAUGAUCUACAGGUGUUCGCUCCUCCAGCAGCAAAUAAAAAGUACCAUGGCCUGUUAAACCAAGGAGCAACGUGUUACUUGAACAGUGUGCUGCAGGUGCUGUUCAUGACCGAAGACUUCAGAGAGGCUGUGGAAAGGUUCACCUGUGGCUCUGAUCUCAUUGAUCAUCAUCUUCAAGCCCUGUUUGAAGACUUGAAGAAAAGAACAACAUACACUUAUAACAUCACAAAGAAACUGGGCAUCGACAGAGUGAAUGAACAGCGAGAUGCUGCUGAGUACUAUGAGAAGAUUUUAACUCAGACCAGUCAUGAAGCAUCAAAGAUCUUCCACGGACAGUUGACACAUGUGACCAUAUGUUCCACAUGUCGUGCAGAGAAAAACAGAGAUGGGCUGUUUUGGCAUCUUCCUCUUGAGUUGGUGGAUUCCUACAGUGAAGACUACAGCGUGGUGGAUGGGACCGAGGAGUAUUUCAGAGAUUUGAAUUUCAGUGGAGAAAACCAGAUGUACUGUGACCAGUGUGAUGCCAAAUCUGAUGCUACUGUGAAAUGUGUGAUGAAGCAUCAUCCAGAGGUUUUGACGCUGCUGCUGAAGAGGUUUCAGUUUGACUACUACUACAUGUCAUAUGUCAAAAACCCCCGUGUUGUGGAUGUUCCCUCCACCCUACACAUCCCAGAGAAUCAGACGUAUGAACUGUAUGCAGUGGUUGAGCAUUUUGGUGGUCUCAGAAGUGGACAUUACACUGCAAAGAUCAAGUCCCAGGAGGAUGGGAGAUGGUACAACUUUGAUGAUAGCAAUGUCACACUGCUUGAUUAUCAGCCAUCACAGGAGGAUCACAGUGAGAAAUCCUACAGCGCUUAUCUUCUUUUUUACAGAAAAAAGAAAAUCCACUCUGCAGAUACUUGUUCUCAAGGUGACCGGGAGGUGUCAACCAGUGGAGGUGUCCCACCUGUUACCAGUGUCAUCUAUGACCAUGGUCAAGAUGCUGAACAGUUUAGAAAGAGAGAGGAAGAUGAGAAGACAGAGGAGAAAGUGGGUAAUGACCCUGUAGAGCCUGUUUCCAACGACAGAAAUGAACAAACAGGAAUU